GGGAUGUCUUCUGCCAACAUUCUGUCUCUUGUUUCCGAAUCUCAAAGCGAUGGUGAUUUCAGUACGACAGUUUGCGAGCUAAGAUUCAAGCUCCAUGGCGGAUCCCAAGGUUCUUGGCCUUCUCUGAGACGUCGGCUGCUGCGCCGGUACCUCUCCAAUGGCGUCGCCGCCUUCUUCCUCCUCCUCUGACUCCUCUCGCGACGAGCUCGCAGAUCUGUUGCAGCGCUUCAUGGAAUCCAUCGCUGGGUUCUCUGCCCGUCUUCCUUUCCCUGUGGAUCGCCAGAGACUUCAUUCAAUUGCCACUGUUGUUGUCCUUACUUGUUCAAUUGUGUUUGCUUGGAAGUUUUUGAAAGCUCCCAGGCAACAUAGAAGAAGGCAGCGGCAAGCGCCUGAACAGUUUCAUGCUCUUUCUGAUGCUAGUUCACACCCAAGCACAAUGGUUCAGGGCCUUGAAGCUUUCUCCUCUUCUGGUGGUUCAAGAGCGCAUGAUGUUGUUGAUGAUUUCUUUCAGGCAGCAAGCCUGACCAUUCCACAACUUGUUCAGCAAAAGUUUUUUGAAGGCCGGAAGGUCACAUGCCGCUUGCUUGGUAUUGUCCUGGAGGAGACCAAUCCGGAUGAUCUCCAGAAAAGUGUCACUGUGAAAUCAUCUGUGCUUGAGAUCCUGUUGGAGAUGACAAAAUGUUGUGAUCUUUAUCUUAUGGAAAGAAUUUUAGAUGAUGAAAGUGAGGAAAAGGUCAUAUCAGCUUUGAAAGAUGCUGGAAUUUUCACAUCUGGUAGUUUCGUAAGUGAUAAGGUUCUCUUUUGUAGCACAGAGAAUGGGCGUGUGUCUUUCGUUAGGCAACUCGAGCCAGAUUGGCACAUCGAUACAGAUUUUGAAAUAGUUUCUCAAUUGGCUAGGUUCAUCAAAUAUCAAUUGCACAUUUCACUAACCAGACCUGACCUGCCAGCUUCCAAUGUCUUCUGUUCCACAAGCUUGGAGCGGUUCAUUGGAGUCCCUGAUCAUUGCUAAUGG